GAUAGCCGCAUUUGGUCCACGUCUUACUGACGAAGGCCUUUUUGGUUAUCUUGUAUCAGUAGGAAAAAUUGAGGGUGAGGAUGACAAUCAGAAAGGAUGUAAUAAGCUUAAAAAAAAAUACGAAGACAAUAAUCAAUGGAUAGCUCUUAUUGAGCGCGGUCAGUGUUCUUUUAUCGAUAAAGUACGAAACAUGCAAGCAUCUGGAGCUAUUGCCGUCGUAGUUGGGGAUAACGAACAUAACG